AUGCGGCAGUCUCUGUAUCACGGUGCAAUCUGGUCUGCUUUAGUCGGUCUGGCAUCGGCUGAUGCUCCGUCUUCUCAGCAAUGGGCUGAGAGAGCAAUCUACCAAGUUAUGACGGACCGCUUUGCUCGCCCAAAGGGCUCAUCUGACGCACCUUGUGACCCCAGCAGGUACUGUGGAGGCUCGUGGAGCGGGAUCAUUAACAAGCUCGACUACAUUCAAGACCUCGGAUUCACCGCCAUUCAAAUCUCGCCAGUCGUGGAAAAUAUCCCGGACAGUACCAAGUACGGCGAAGCAUAUCAUGGAUACUGGCCCAAGAAUCUGUAUGCUCUCAAUGAACACUUUGGGACCGCAGACGAUCUUCGCAAAUUAGUGAGCGAGGUCCAUAGACGAGACAUGUACCUAAUUGUUGAUGUUGUGAUCAAUGAUAUGGCUCAGGCUGUCAAUGGUUCCAUGAAAGAUGACCCGUCUCUGAAGAUUGACUAUUCCCAGCUUUUCCCCUUUGACGACGAGAAGUACUAUCAUCCUUUCUGCGCCAUCACUGAUUGGAAUGAUCCUGAAAUAUACCAGAAUUGCUGGUUUGCCGUGGAAACGGUUGCCCUGCCAGAUCUGAAAACAGAGGAUCCCUCGGUCGUCGCAAAGAUCKGAGAUUGGAUCAAGCAAUUUGUUGGUAAUUAUUCUGUUGACGGACUCCGCAUUGACGCGGCGCUGCACAUGAAUGACGACUACGUCGCCAGCUUCUCCAAGGCGUCUGGUUUAUUCACAAUAGGCGAAGUCAGCAACGGAGACACAGGCCUGGUGUGCAAAUACGAAAAUUUGGUCUCUGGUGUCCUGAAUUAUCCACUCUAUCAGCCCUUGAUCCAAGCAUUCACAGCAGGCAAUAUGCUUGGACUCUCUGAAAGUAUCCGAGCUGUGCAAAAGGAUUGCAAGGAUUUCACACUUUUGGCAACGUUCGUGGAGAAUCACGAUCUCCCUCGCUUUGCGUCACUGGUCAAUGACACGACGUUGGCAAAAAACGCGAUGGCUUUCAACAUUCUCUCAGACGGCAUCCCCCAAGUAUACCAAGGUCAAGAGCAGCACAUGCAGGGCAACUACACGCCCUUCAACCGAGGGGCCCUUUGGACAACGAACUAUGAUACCACGGGCCCGCUAUUCAACCUCACCGCAACGCUGAAUAAGCUCCGAAACCACGCCAUUAGCAUCGACAACCGCUAUGUGACUAACCAUAGCAUGGAGCUUCAUGUCGACAAUUCCACGUACGCCACCAGGAAGGGCCCCGAGGGAGUGCAGAUCGUUUCAAUUUUCUCAAACCAGGGCUCGAAUGGUGGAAAGUACCAGCUUGCGUUAAAGGAUGCGUAUGCGCCUGGGACAGAAGUCAUGGAAGUCCUGGGCUGCUCCAAGCUGGCUGCUAACGACGUAGGCAAUCUGACAGUUGAGAUGAAUGCUGGUGAGCCAAGGGUCUUUUUCCCUGUCGCACAACUCAAUAACUCUGGGCUGUGCGGCUUUGAGAAACAGAAGACCGUCUCGUCGAGCAACAGCAACAGUUCGACUCAAUCCUCUAAUAACGACAAGGGUAAGGAUAAGAAAUCCUCUGCGAGUAUCACUACCGUUCCAUGCCCUAUUAUUUUGAUCACAGGGGCAGCAUUGGCGGUUAUGAGCUGGUUUCUCUGA